AGGAAUGUAAAUUAAAGACGAGAAUAGAAGUGUGUCAGGCAGAGAAGGUGAUGUGCCUGGAAUGGUGCGGCUGUGAUUCUGUUAUUUGAGAGGCAGCUGUCGCGGGAAGACGUCGAUCCGAACCACGGAGUGGCGCUCUGGGAUGGAACGAACCUCUACCACAGCAGUUUGAGGCUGGGAUUGUGAGUAGUGUUGUUCUUGUUGUUGUUUUUAUUGUUGUUACAUAACGACUCGACCAAGGAGGGAAGGUUUCUGUGGCGAAUUAUUGAGGAAAGAAAAGAUGCUGCGCGGCUGAAAAGACUUUGAGACCAACUUGAUUCAAAUGAAACUGCAGAGAGCAGCAGAUCCUUAUAACUGCAUGGAAGAGUAACCAGGAAAUAAGAAAGUCCGGUCAAAACACGAGUUCUCCCUGCAAGGAAGCAAUGUUGCCAUCUUAUUUGCCAGAUUUCGAUUCACAAGAAUCCCAACACCUGCCUCCAUAUUUGAACAGAUGCAACAUGUUAAAUGGCCGUAAACUGUCUUUUCCAGAAUCAAUGGAACAGCAUGAUGUUUCCAAACGAUUCGCACCACAGCAAUUUGAAAUGAAACGUGAAAACGUUAACAGACGGACAAGAAAUAUGCCAUAUUUCCACGACGACGACGUCGAUCGAACUCUCCUUCUGACUUAUGAUGGCGGCAGGCUUAUGCGGCCGCAGUCUUUUCAUGAAAUACCGGGCAGUUGCACGGAGAAUAAAAUGAACAAUCAGAUAAAUUUCUGCAGUAAAAGAAGAAGCCAUGCGGAACCUUUAGAAAGCUCUCUAAUGACAGAAGACAACAAGGAUCUCGCCGACAAUUCUCUUGCGUUAAUCCGAGUCCCGAGACAUGAUGGAGAAAUUUCUUUACGACAACAGACGCCAUUGCACUCGGACAUACUUCACUCUCAAAAAAAUUAUCCACAACAGUCGAACUUUCCGUUUGUUCCUCGCAAACCGUUUUUAAACCCAUAUUUAAACCCUCAUUUACAAAGAUAUAACAAUUUUCAUAAAUAUACGCCAAAUCGACCUCCUUUUUCAACUGGGUUCCCGAAUUUUAUUAAUAACCCUUUCAGACAAAAUUGCCCACCUUUUCGAAUGAACCCGUCUGGUUGUAACUGUUAUGCGCAGCCGACACGAUUCCCAACGCAAGAAUAUUGUCGAUUCCCUGCACACCGAAUGAAAUUAUCGAAUCCAACACGAGAUUAUGAGUGGGAUUUCAUUAAUGAUGCUGACGAUGACCAUUACCAAUGGAACCAGAAUGACGUGGACCCACGGACACAUUUUGAAUUCUCCAACUAUCAAAGGAGGAAGCAUCAGAAUAAUUUUGGUUUAGGUCAGCCCAUUUAUUGCCAUGACGCAAUCAGCCUCCAAGAGAUCUCGGCGGAUCCUUAUAGAUCUCACUUUAAUAACGAAACAGAUAUCGAUGAAAUUGAAGAAGAAUAUUUUACUUACUUGCAGAAAACAAUUCCCAAUUUCAACGUUCUGCCCAAAAAAUCCAAUCUUAAAAUAACAUCCUUGAUACCGGAGAAGGAAGAGAAGUCUUUGGCGAAUUCCACUUUUGCGUCAUCGAACCGAACAAGAAAUAACUUUGGCGACCCCCAACAGACUGCUCGGUCUUUGAUGCUCAUGCGUCUUCUCAAGGUUCUUGAAGAAAAUAUAGACAUGUCGAAUUACUCAAUGGACUUCCAAGAAAAUUACGUUGACAGCCAUGGCAGGCUAGUCGAUCCAUUUCAGACGUAUAUAACGGAUUUAGAACAGAAUAAACUAAAAUCUCAAAGAGACGAAGCAUUUGUUCAAGAAACCUUUUCGUCUCGCCCACCUGUCGUGGUUUUACGCAAUCGCCGGAGUGACGUCAUAACCCUUGAUGAAGGUGUCACUCUUCAAAGUUCAGCGAAGUAUAUGGAGAAACCGAAAAACGAUUACGGAAAGAGCAUCAAGCUAAAUAACGCAUCUCUGCAUGAUUAUCUCAACAGGUCUUUGGACGUUCCUGUCAGGCAUCAACAAGCACACCAGACACAACAACAACAACGAGAAGAACAAGAAAAACAUCCUAUUCUUCAAUCACAUCCCGAAGUAAUAGUUGAGACAAUAAGAAGGGAAAGGAGUGUUCGAGAAGAUUUUAGUCAGCCGCCAUCUUUCCCUGUCCCCGGAGUACACGAGAGAUUGUUUAAAACAUCGGUUGAACAACCAAUUGAUAUGGGAACUCCAUGGGAAAAAGAAAGAGAAUUUCAAAGAUAUAACAUGUUUAAACCCCAAUUUGUUCCCGAAACUAGAAUUUACUCUAAUGCCGCUCAAAUUCCGCUUAGUCACGACAUCUUUGAUGGCGAAACUGGCAAAAGAGAUGUGAUAAAUAUAUCACAACAACGUUUGAUCAGAAAGAAUGGCGAUCCAAAUGAAAUUCCAUACGAAACUAUGGCGGAGUAUUUCCAAUCGUCUGCCGCUGAUAUUAACCCACGUGUAAGUACGAAAUACGUCUUUUUGAAAGACCCAAAUUCAGAAGGAAUCCAAGAAGAUAUUUUAAACAAACUGAAAUGUCAAAGCAAAUUGCGAUCAUUCGAUGAGAAACCUUUUGUAACAGAAGCCCCGGAUGAAAGCGAUCCAGAGAAUGAAGUUCCAGAUCGUGAAAGCGAGUUUCUUGGUCGCCAGUCGUUCAUGGCACUGAAACAACGAUUCGAAACAGAAAAACAUGUCCAGUUCGUUGAUGAAGAUAACAAUGGUUCUUUUAAGAAUUACCCUUAUUUCAAGAGCCGCGUCGAUAGCAAUGACUAUUCCUACUAGAUGACGCGUAUCGAAGCAAUAGCAAACCAAAAAUAUUGAUUUUUGGCGAUAAAAAGACAGAAAAAUAAUAUAUUAUAAAUUCUAUUUAUACAUUCAAUUGAAGUUAUCAGAGAACGACGGUAUAUAGUUUCGGCAUAUAAUACCCUGAGUUCAAAUCCAGCCGAAACCAUCUUUUACGUUUCAACUUUCUAGAAUCGAUAAAAUAAAUUACAAAUCAAUUAAUGGAGGUCGAUAUAAUAUACAAAUUCGUGGCUUCGUAUUUAUGUUAGAAAAUCAAUAUUUACACUGCAAAUAAAAUAAAUAACCAGCUAAAUUUGUUUGGAAAGAAAUGUCGGGCGUAACGUUUCGUAAUCGACUGCUUUUGAUAGAAAAUGCCAAGGAUGUCGAUGUAACGAACGAAGUGAGUUUGGUCAUGAGAAACCUUUGGCUCUGAUGGGCGAAUUUAAUUAAUCGGUAAUUGGAUGAAUAAGGUAAAAGUCAUUAAUCUUGCUUGUAGAAAUAGAGAACAUUGAAACAUUGAAGAUUACUACACACACACACACACACACACACACGCACACACACACACACACACACACACACACACAUACACAAUGUCUGUUUUUAAGUUGUGUUAC